AUGGAGAGGUUCGAUUGUGUGCAACAUGAACCUGAAAGUCGCUUCUGGCUAACCUAUGGCUCCGGCCCUGGGGUGAUGGUCUUCGGGUACCCCUCCGAGGGUGGUGUCUAUAUCCUGCGUAACUGUUUCGGCGUAGAGCUGGACUUUCUUGGGCUCGACCGGUUCAAUGACACCGAACGCCCAUCCAAGUUAGAUCCCGAUUGGCAAGCGAAAGAGGAUGCACACUGCGACAGGAUGCGUCGCCUCGGCGCUACCUGGUGGCGAAGAGAAUCCGAUGAAUUUUUGGAGCGUGAACUAAAGCACCCAAAGUCUACGGAUGGCUAUCUCCGAGUGGGCUGGCCGGCUGCAGGUGGUGUAUGGGUAUUACACACGACAUUAGAUAACGCAGGAGAUAUAGGGGCAGCGCGGAUCCACAACGCGCAUAAUAUGGAGGAACGGUGCAGGUGGAUCAAAAAGCUGGGGGGUGUCUUCUACGCUGACCCCAAGGACUGCCCCCAUCUUGAUCUUCCUUAA